UUGUUAUUAUGUGUUUCAGUCUUCAGUGUUCAUCCCACGUCAGGCUACGACUCGCGCCCAAUCACGCGUUAUCACUGACAGGAUAAGACAUUUCAAAUUUCGAUUUUCAGCGUUUUCCGUCCGUGCGAGGUCAAGGAACGCGAACCGAGUCAUUACGAAACAUUUCACAAUAUUCGAUCUGCUGUGAUAACGUCGCUUUCAUUUCUAGUCGUUGUAGUCGUGAGCAUAACUCGUAACAACCGUAAGUCAGUUGUCACUUGUCUUGAAUCCUGACCACAACGACAAUCGACGCCGAUAUUUUUGAAUUUUGUUUUGUGCUUGGCUCAACUCCCGGAAAAAUGGCCGGUCCUGGUGAAACCGCCGAACUCUACGGUCGCGUGAAAGCCGCCACGGACAAGUUUUUCGUCACUCUGCGCGAAGCCAGGAAUCUUGAGUCUCAAGGCAAAACGAAUCUGGCUUUGCUGGAGUACGAACAGUGUCUGAACAUCAUCGACAAUGUCUUCUCGGUUCCACUGACUCAUCCGACCGACCUGAGUCUUGAAUGGACAGAGGUUGACAACAUACUACAGUACUUGAAAACCGAAAAAAAAGAGAUUUUAAACCGUAUCGUUGAGCUGCAAAGGGAUAGUGGUUCUAACAUGGCCGCUGACUGCAGGCCAAUGCAAAGUCCUCCAUCAUAUCAAGAAGCCACACGUUCGGACGAAGAACAAUCUUAUAUUUCAGAACCUCCAGUCUCGUACAACCAGUUAUCAGCAAUGCUCAAUGACUUACGUGUCGACAUUGAACAGAGUUCAAUGGCAAUCCUAUUAGUUAGCUGUGAUAAUUCGCAAGUAUUUUUCAUUGCCGCUGAUGGUCAAGUAACAUCGCCAUCAGAGAAAUCAAAUGUUAAAAUUUUUAUGCUCGAAGGUACAAAUGCAGAAAGCACACGGCGAUAUUUCCUUUGUAUUGAGGAUAUUUACUAUCCACUUGUCGCCAAUGGUUCACCAUGUCUUCGAACAGAGUUUGGGGCAUUUUUGUUUCCUGAUAUUGAAAAUAGAGACUCAGCUAUUGGUGUGUUGGUUCUUCCAGAACAUUUGGAACUUUUCACAGAUGUAUUAGAAGAUAUACUUAAAAAAUCAUUGAGAAAAGAGUCUGAAAAGGCCCGAGAAAAAGGUCACAACAUCUCAGCACACAUUGUUAAGGGAGCUACUUUUCUAUCAAACGGAUUAGUGAAGGGGGCUGAAAAAACAACAAAUUUCAUGAACAACUCCACUCCUGGUUUACUCAAUUACAUUAAACCUUCUCAAAGUGAUACAAAUGUCUGCUCUCCCAUGAAAAAAGGUGUUAAAGUUGCUAAAAAUGUGACGGGUACUGCUGCAGAUGUAACAUGUUAUGUCGCUGGAAAAAUAGGUACAGCGUCAUGUGUUAUUGGAAAAUUUCUCGCACCACAUGUUCAUAAAGGCGGAACUAAGAUUUUGACGGGUGUUACUAAUAUGGACAAAAAUGAAGCUUCCCAGAAAAUGACAAAUGUAUUUGAUAUAGCGGCUGGUGCAAUUGAAGGUUUUAGCAUCGUCUAUGAUGGACUUGAGAAAUCUGGGAUAAUGCUGGGUAACAGUAUUUCAAACAAUACUGUUCUUAUAGUUCAUCACAAAUUUGGCAAUAACGUUAGUGAAGUGACUCAGGACACAUUUGAAACAGUUGGCCAUGGGUUACGAUUCACUAGAAGUGUUAAGGAGUUAGGUCCCAAAAAUAUUGUAAAAUCUACUGUUAAAGAAACUGGACGUGCCAUGAUGGUACCAGAGAAUGAUUAGAAUAUUUUCUGUGACUAUGGAACCUAUAGGUAUGAAACCUUUCUGUGAUUAGCAUUUUAUAUCUUUAUUGUUGUUAAUUUCAUAAUUUGAUUAUCAAAUAAUCAAAAUUAUUUUUAUACAAAAAUGUUACAAAAAAAAAAUAUGUUGGUGUGAUAGAUGUAUUAUUAUAAUUAUUAUUUUUAAUGUUACUUCUUAAACAACAAAUUUUUAGUAAAUCUUAUAAGUAUAUUGCUUAUAAAUCAAACUAGUGCAGAUACUAUGAAUUAUAUUGUUGAAACUUUAUAGUUUAUACAAUUUUAUACCGGGUUUGGAUUGUUACAAAUAUAAUAAUUGUUGGUUAUUGGUAGAUAUUUUCAUAAAAUACAUAAAAUUAAAAUGUUUAUGAAAACUGUGUUCUUUUUUUCUUCGAUAUAACUUUUUUUUUAAUAUAGUAACAAUAAAUUAUUAACCAGAGAUGAAUUUUAUCUUGUUUACAAUUUCAUUAUAGGUAUGUUGUUAUCAUAAUUUGUGUAUGGGAGCACAUUUUAACUUGAUAUUUUUUAAAUUAUGUUGUAACUUAUAAUAUAGUUAAUAAUAUAGGGGCUUAUAUUAAUCACAUUUCAAGCUAUGUUUUUUUUUUCUGACAAUAUUUUCUACUAUUAUUUAUAUUAUUUUCUAAACAUUAUUUAUUAUAUAUUUAACAUUUAGAUUAAAUAACUCUAAAUAAUUUAUAAAGUUACAACAUUUAUUUCAGUUUUGUCUAAAACAUACUAUCUAUAUUGAAAUUGUUUUAAUGUGUUGAACCCUUAUCUUCUUUUAAAAGAAAAUAAACAUAAACAUCUCCUUCA